AUGGCUACAAAAAAUCACCUUCUAGCAAACGAUUCCGAGAGCGAGCUGUCAGAGUACUCCGAAGACGAGCAGGGUCAGAUCCGUAAAAGGAAUGCGCAAGAGCAGAACCUCGCAUCUCAAAACAGCAGCGACACUAUAAUUGUUGAGCCGCGGAUUACAUCCUCAACCCCGCUCGACGUCUUAAAGACGGAAUUGGACGCACUGCUUGAUGGAAGCACGCGGAAAGACUUAAUCAACACAAUGAACCAAAUCACCUGGUACGGACAUAGAAAGUCGAAAGCACUUGAUCUGUGUCGUGAGAAGCUUCGGGAAAUCGUUACGCAGAAUGAAGCAGUCAGAUUGCUCUAUAAUGACUACGCUAGACUGCAGACGGAAUCGGAGAAGCGAAAGUCGUACCAACUACCUGUAUUUGAGGAAACAUACGACAACACCGCGAACAAAGCACAAACUGAAGACAUUGCUGCAAGAUUGGAGGAUACGAGGAAGUCAACAGCUCAGUCCAAAACAGUGAUGCAGGGGCCGGCAAGCCCUCAGCUCCCUAUCACUGCAACCAAAACGUUGGCAAAAGUACGCCAAACCCCCAUAUCCGGUCAACAUUGCGGCCAACACAGUACUUUCAGCAACCACUGCUCUAUAAUACCUAUCACCAAUCUGGAAGAGUUUCCCAUCCAGCGGAUACAGGAAGUGCAAGCCCAGCGAUAUCCAAGUACCAAAAUUCUCGCCAUGUGGUCUCACCGAGAUAACAAUGGAGUCAUAAGACAAGUCACGGCAGACAUUGACGGAGGCUCUAUCGACCAUCUGAUAAUCAAUGACCCAAGGAUCAUCACCGCCCUCAGCGUACGUGAAGGCCUGCAGGAUAAGCUAUCAUGGGAUGACUCCGAACUCAAAAUGGAUGAGACAUUCACCAUACAUGUACUCCCUGGCCAACGCCCGAAGAACCUGAAAGCCUGGAUUGUAGGCGAGCUUCGAUCAGCGCGUCAUGCGUAUCUAUACUGGCUUGACCAUCGUCGCUCCGCUGAUCCCAAGGCGGCUCCAUAUGCGCAGGAAGCGAGAGUGCUGGCGACGAAACUCGGAAGACGGGCACCGCAUGUGUUCAGUGAGAUCAUGAAUGUGUGGGGGAAGGAGCAGGGCCCUAAUGGGAGACGCUACAGGCAGAAUCGACUGAGGUGUCUGGGCGAGGAUCCGCAGUAUGUGGAGGAUGCUGAGAAAAAGGUCUUGCUGAUGAGCAUGUGGGGAUAGAUGGUUGCGGUGCUCUACUUUUACGAUGGAGGAUGAGUAUUGUAACCCAUACAUAGUAUAUGCUAAGCUUACACUUGCUAGUCCCAUGUUUAGCUAGUAAUGCCUAUCAAGUUUUCCGUAUCCAGUCAAUUCAAGUUGUGUUUGGUUGGACUGAAUUGUCAGUCAAUUUUUGAAUUUGAGUGUAUUAUAAAGGCGACAGAGUUACGGUCACCAAAGGUAGCGAUGUAAAGG